CGGAACAUAAGGAUUCUGCAAGGAAGAUUGUGCAAGUGAAGCACUAGGGUGCCAUGGGCAGGACCGUGACUGUGGCGACGUGUGCCUUGAAUCAGUGGGCGCUAGAUUUUGAUGGCAAUUUAGAAAGGAUUUUAAAAAGUAUUCACAUAGCUAAAUCCAAGGGAGCAAGGUACCGGCUUGGACCAGAACUUGAAAUUUGUGGCUAUGGCUGUUCUGAUCAUUACUAUGAAUCCGAUACCCUCUUGCAUUCUUUUCAAGUUUUGGCUAAGCUUUUGGAAUCUCCUACUACACAAGACAUAAUAUGUGAUGUUGGCAUGCCGGUUAUGCACAGAAAUGUCCGCUACAAUUGUAGAGUGAUCUUUCUAAACAAGAAAAUUCUUCUAAUAAGACCAAAGAUGGCUUUGGCAAAUACAGGAAACUACCGGGAGAUGCGCUGGUUUACUCCUUGGAACAGAUUACGGCAUGUGGAAGAGUAUUUUCUACCAAGGAUGAUACAACAGAUAACCAAUCAGGAAAGUGUUCCUUUUGGUGAUGCAGUGCUGGCAACCUUAGAUACCUGCAUAGGGAGUGAAAUCUGUGAAGAACUGUGGAUUCCAACCAGUCCUCAUAUUGAAAUGGGAAUUGAUGGAGUGGAAAUCUUUACAAAUUCUUCAGCAAGUCAUCAUGUAUUGAGAAAAGCUCAUACCCGAGUGGAACUGGUAAACUCUGCAAUGGCAAAGAAUGGUGGGAUAUACAUCUUGGCUAAUCAGAAGGGUUGCGAUGGUGAUCGUCUCUAUUAUGAUGGUUGUGCCAUGAUCUCUGUGAAUGGAGACACUGUGGCUCAAGGACUUCAGUUUUCUCUGGAUGAUGUGGAAGUUUUGGUUGCCACACUGGACUUGGAAGAUGUCAGAAGUUAUAGGUCAGAAAUAUCAUCUCGGAACCUUGCAGCAAGCAACGCAACUCCCUGCUGCAGGAUAAAAGUAAAUUUUGCCCUGUCGUAUUUCGAUGAUAUGUGUAUGCCUACAAGUGAGCCAAUCCAGUGGCGAUAUCAUAGUCCAGAGGAAGAGAUCAGCCUUGGCCCUGCAUGUUGGCUUUGGGACUACUUAAGGCGUAGUAAACAGGGAGGAUUUCUUUUGCCACUUAGCGGUGGUGUAGACAGUUCCUCUGUAGCCUGCAUUGUGUACUCCAUGUGUCUCCAGGUUUGCUGUGCAGUGCAGAAUGGAAAUCAGAAUGUGCUGUAUGAUGUGCGUAAGAUAGUAAAUGAUGAGACUUACACGCCAAAGGAUGCUCGAGAAUUUUGUAGACGUAUCUUAACCACCUGCUACAUGGCUAGUGAGAACUCUUCCGAGGAUACGUACAAUGGAGCCAGAUCUUUGGCUGAAGAAUUAGGCUGUUAUCAUAUAAACCUAAACAUAGAUGGAGCAGUGAAGGCCAUUUGGGGGAUUUUCAAUGCAGUGACGGGACGACUACCCCAGUAUCAAGUGCAUGGAGGAAGCAGCAGGGAAAAUCUGGCCUUGCAAAAUGUGCAGGCCAGAUUACGAAUGGUGCUUGCCUACCUGUUUGCACAGCUGACCCUGUGGACUCGUGGAAUGCCUGGUGGACUAUUAGUGCUUGGAACAUCUAAUGUUGAUGAAAGCCUUCGGGGAUAUUUUACAAAAUAUGACUGCUCUAGUGCUGAUAUCAACCCUAUUGGUGGAAUUAGCAAGACUGACUUGGGAAGUUUUAUACAAUAUUGUAUUGAAAAUUUUCACCUAACAUCACUCAGAAGAAUUAUAUCUGCUCCGCCAACGGCAGAAUUGGAACCCCUGAAGGAAGGACAAGUAGCUCAAAGAGAUGAGACAGACAUGGGGAUGACAUAUGCUGAACUCUCCCUCUAUGGCAAGCUUCGGAAGAUAGCUAAAGCUGGACCGUACAGCAUGUUUUGUAAGCUGAUACAUAUAUGGAAAGAGAUAUGUGCGCCAAGAGAGGUGGCAUCAAAGGUUAAGCAUUUCUUCAGAAUGUAUUCUAUCAAUAGACACAAAAUGACUACCCUCACCCCCUCGUACCAUGCUGCAGACUACAGUCCUGAUGACAACCGGUUUGAUUUGAGGCCUUUUCUUUAUAAUGCUGCCUGGUCCUGGCAGUUCAAGUGCAUAGACGAACAGGUGUCUAAACUAGAAUCUAAGAAAGUAAACGCUAGUCUUGAAGACAUGGCUUAACUCCUUUCUGUACUUCAGCUGUGGAUGGGCAUUGUUUACCAUAGGCAUCCAACAUCCCAAAUAUUACGCUGUUCAUACCAGCAGGGUCUAAUGAUUAUCCAAAGGCUUUUAUUGUUCAAAUAAUUUUUAAUGGUGGUUUUUUAAAAAAAAAAAAUCACUAUAAAAACAAAUGCAAUUAAAAUGUUAGGAGAAGAAGUAGUAUGUUGACCUAAAAGUUCACAGUUAACAGGAUCAGGAAGCUGAUUUAAAAAUAAAAUAAAAAAUAUUGUACUUCAUUAUCAUGACCUAUCAAGUACUACUCCUGUGAGUAUAUUAUAGAAACUGUGUUUUGUCCAAAUUCUCAAGCUAGUCUGACUCUUCACUACAGUCUGUAACUUCUUGAAAAUGAAGAUCCAACAAAGUAAUGGUUCAUUUGCACUUGGGGUAUUUUAUAGGUGAGUCAGGCAAACAAUAUCAACUGUUUCAGAACUUUGGUUACUUAAUGGGUCAUGGGGUCUGAUUUGGCCAUCUAAAUCACAUGGAUUUAUUCCAGUGCUCUGGUGGGUGGUGGGACCUUUAGAACAUGAGUAGUAGCUGUGUCUGAAGCUUUGGCUGAAACAUAAAAUUUUCAUUAAUACUUGGAUUCUGUUGGAAUAUAUGGAAAUAAUUAAUAUGACCAACACCAGUCAUAGCAACCUGACCUUUAUUUUGGGAAAAUAUUUGCUACUCUAAUGAACAGUCUGCAUAUUAUUUUUCUCUUUUUAACUUGUUGAACUGAAAUCAUAAAACUUUAUAGUCACUGGCAUGUGAAUGUGAAAAAUGAUUUUUUUUUUCGUUUUACUGUGCAAUAAAUUCACAUUUUAAUGAAUCUAA